AUGGAGGUCUUCCUGAGAGGCGUCCCAGCAACGCUGGCCGAGGACAACCUCAAGGCUGCUCUCGCGCCGUUUGUCAACGCUCUUGGCAUCGCCGACUGGGUCGUCGACAAGCCGAAGCGGAAGCCCAUGGCCUGGGUCACCUUCCUCAACGCGGCCGAUGGCACCAAGUUUCUGAAAACGCACGGCCAGCUGAAAGCCGCUCCUCUGCCCGACCAGGGCCAGCUGUCGUCCAACGGCAAAUCGAGAGCUCCGACAGACCAGAGUCAGCAGUCCUCCAACAGCCAACAGAAAGCUGCUGCUGCUGCUGCUGCUCCUCCUCCUCCUCCUCCUCCUGGCCAGCGCCAGCCGUCGUCGUCUUCUUCCACGAAGCCGCGCCUCCCUGUCGCCGGCGCUCGAUACAUUGCGCGCCUGCAUCUCCUCUCCACGCCCAUCUGCGCAGAGAGGAGCAAGCGAGCGGUGAAUGCGCUGGCGAUCAACCACCUGAGCCACGAACGCGACGAGCGCCAGAGAAAGCCAGACAGGGGUAGCCAGCGAGCGCCGGAGAUUUCAUGCUCCGUCACGCACGUCAGCUGCGGCAAGAUGGUGUUUGGCCAGGAGGACAUGGGGUUGAAGUACAUUCAACAGAUCCAGCACCCCAUCAGAGGAGGCUACGUUAAAUUUGGCCUGCGGUCCGUCACCGUGCACCAUGAAGGCGUCGGUCGGAUGGACAUGCCUGUCCACACCAUCCAGGAGCUCGUGCUUGACCACAAAUCACGCGGCAUCAUCUUCAUACUCGAAGAUCCGCCCAAGUUCUUCGCCCAGCAGACAAGUCAGGGCGGCGACGGAGGCAGCAGGUGGGAGCGUCAGACGAGCUUCCCCUCGUGGGCAGCCCAUGCCAAGUACGUUGCCCACUGCCUGGUCUAUCGGCUGACGCUCGCCGGCGACUACUCCGCAACGGCCCGAGCCAUUCGGCGGCAGGACAUCCUGGCCAUCAGCCACAACAACGUGCCGCUGACUUCGUCCCCGAUGCCUAUCGUGGAGGACUAUCCCACGGGCCUGAAGGUGUUUGAGGGCAAGCUGCAGAGCCUCGGGGACGUGGGGAGCGGGCUCGUUCCGUUUGCGAUCCUCUUCCAGGUCCAGUCGCUGGUUUGGAACAACUACCUGCAUCCGUACGGCGGCCUCGGCGUGCUCGACAUGAUCGAGAGGACAGCCAAAGAUCCGGCUUGGAAGAGCAGCACGCCGCCGUUCACGGUAGACGCCAUGAAGCGGUCCCAGCACUCAAUCCCGUAUCCUGUCACCGGCACGGACUCGUCAGAGGUCGAUCCCAGGGCGUUCAUCGAAAACGUCACCAGGGAAGAGGCGCAUCUUCGCAGCCAGGACGCGGCGAGGUCCGGCGUGUACGGUCCCCGCCUGCCGAGGCACCAGACAUGGGUCUUCAAGGCCAUGGUGGCCCCGACGCGCAUCUCUCUCCAAGGCCCCGACGCCGAGGCCCGGAACCGGGUGCUGCGCAUGUUCCCCGACCACGGCGACUACUUCCUGCGCGUCUCCUUCUGCGACGAGGACGGGCAGGACCUCUCCUUCAACCCCAAGGUGUCCAACGACGCCGUCUUCGAGCGGUUCCGCGAGGUGCUACUCGGCGGGAUCCGCAUCGCCGGCCGGCUCUUCUCCUUCCUCGGCUUCUCGCACUCCUCCCUGCGCUCGCACUCGGCCUGGUUCCUCGCGCCGUUCCUCGCCGCCGACGGGCAGCGCCAGAGCCGCGACACGAUCCUCGCCGCGCUCGGCGACUUUGGCGAGAUCCGCGUGCCGGCCAAGUGCGCCGCCCGCAUCGGCCAGGCCUUUUCCGAGACGCCCUUUGCCGUGGACCUGUUCGCCACCGGCAUUUCCGUGCGCUACGUGCCGGACGUCAAGUCGGCGGACGGCAGCCGCGUCUUCAGCGACGGUGUGGGCAGCAUCUCGCCCGGCGCGGCGGAGGAGUUGUGGAAGGCGCUGCCGCGGCGCGCGGCGGGCUCGACGUGCUUCCAGAUCCGCUGGGCGGGCUUCAAGGGCCUGCUGGUGCUGGACGCGCGGCUGCGCGGCAGGGUCAUCCGCGUGCGCAAGGAGUCGAUGAUGAAGUUCCCGAGCCGCGACCUGCGAGAGCUCGGCAUCUGCGACGUGGGCUCGCGGCCGUUGCGCCUGGUGCUGAACCGCCAGGUGAUUAAGAUCCUGGAGGACAUGGGGACGGACGACGGGUGGUUCAUGGCGCUGCAGGACGACGCGCUUGACCUGCUGCGCGGCGUCACGGCCACGGCGCUCAACACCAGCACCUUUCUGCGCUACCAGGACGUCGGCGGCUCGAUCGGCCUGACGUCGUUCAUUAAGCAGCUGGACAAGAUGGGGAUCGACUAUCGCCGCGACACGUUUCUCAAGUCGGUCGUCGAGCACGUGGUGCUGCGCGAGCUGCGGCUGCUCAAGUACAGGGCGCGCAUCCCGGUGCCCAAGGGUGUGACCCUCUUUGGGGUCAUGGACGAGACGGGGUUCCUGAAGGAGGGUGAAGUGUACAUCGCUCACGACGCGACGCGCGGCAAGAGCGGUGAGCGGCUGGACGGCACCCUUGCUGAUGGCCCGGUCAUCGUCACGCGGUCCCCGGCGCUGCACCCAGGCGACGUCCAGGCCGCCCUGAUGGUGACGCCGCCCCCGUCCCACCCUCUGCGCCAGCUGCGGAACUGCGUCGUCUUUAGCCAGAAGGGGUCCCGCGACCUACCUAGCCAGCUAAGCGGAGGGGAUCUCGAUGGGGACCUGUAUAACGUGAUAUGGGACCCCCGAGCCAGUCCGCCAGUGACCUUUGAGCCGGCCGACUACGCCCGCGUCACGCCUCCGUCCCUAGACCGGCCGGUGACCCGCCACGACAUUGCUAACUUCUUCAUCGACUUCAUGAAGUCGGACAUCCUGGGGCUAAUAGCCACUAGGCACCAGAUUCUCGCCGACGUGCACGCCGACGGGACGAGCGAUGCCGACUGCGUCAGGCUGGCCGAGAUGCACUCCACCGCGGUCGACUACUCCAAGACCGGCAUCGCGGUGGACUGGCGCGAGAUGCCGCGGCCGCCGCGCUCGCGCCCCGACUUCCUCGCCCCGGCUCCUCCGGUUCACCUGUACGACCUCGGCGAGAUCAGCCACAUACUGGACGACGACGACGGCGACGGCGACGACAUGGGCCUCACCAAACCGCGCUACCACCGGUCCGACAAGAUCCUCGGGCGGCUGUACCGCGGCGUCGACGAGAAGAAGAUCUGGAGCGAGGACAUCCACCGCACCGUCCCGACCGGCGGCCCGUCCGUGUGGGACCAACUGAAGGGCCGCGUCCGCGCCGAGCUCGCCGCGCGCGGCAUCGCCACCCACUACUCCCUCUACCACGCCGAGGCACGCAAGAUUCGAAUGCUGUACGAGGACUCCGUCGGGGACAACAUGUGGCACUUCUCCGAGAACCCGCGGCGGCGCAUCUCCGAGGCCGAGGUCUUCUGCGGGUCCGUCCUCAACAGGCAGGGCAUCCAGUCGCGGAAGCAGCGCGAGGCGUCGAUGAGGCUCAAGGAGGAGACGGACCGGCACAUGGCGUGGAUCGCCAAGCUGAUCCACGAUGGCAUCACGAAGAAGAAGACGGAGGAGGGAGGAGCCGGUGCGGUGGCGUAUCAUGACUAUGACAGCGGCGAUGACGACGACGACGACGACGACGACGACGAGAGUGAUGGGGAUGGAGAGGAGUAUGACGCGCUGAGGCUGGCGUGGGCGUGUUUGGUGGUGGGCUGUGCAAAGACAAAGGUAGAGCCAGGAAGGGAUGAGGAGGAGGAGGAGGAGGGGGAGGAGGAGUUGCAGAGCUUCCGGGUGGUUGCGGCAGCGUGUCUGCUGAGGGAGCUCGGCGACAGGUAG